GGAUAUUCUGUUUCGUAAUUAAAAAUGGCCAAUAAUAUGCUGCAAUAAUUGAAUGGAUUUUUGUAUUGCCGAUCAAAACAGAAAGGUUUGCUGAGGGAGAUUUCUGAGAUCAAUUUUUCUUCCCAAUCAAUUGAAGGCAGUCUCAAUAAAUUAACAGAUUUUUCUCGAAUUGAUCUUUAUCUACCAGAGUGUUUUACAUCCUCCUUUUGGUUCCAGAAGAGCUUAUUUUGUGAUGAAAACUUGGCAGAAACCAAAGAAUCAAUAAUGGCUGAUAAUUCUCUUACCAUUUUCAUGUAUCCAUGGUUUGCCAUGGGUCAUCUCAUCCCUUACCUUCAUACAGCCAACAAACUUGCAGCCAGAGGCCAUAGAGUUUUCCUUGUCGUCCCUCCUAAAACACUAUCCAAUUUGGAAAAAUCCAAUCUUCAUCCGGACUUCAUCAAAUUGAUACCCCUCCCCCUUCCCCAUGUUGAAGGCCUCCCGCCUCACAUUGAAUCCAGCACGGAAAUUCCUAUUCACUUGCAGCCUUUACUUCGGUAUGCUAUGGAUCUUACAGAACCCACAGUUGAAUCUCUACUCCAAGAAAUCAAACCCCAUUUCACCUUCUCAGAUAUGAUGUGUUGGGUGCCCUUUUUGGCUCAUCGUUUAGGCAUCAAAGCAAUUCACUAUGCCCCCGUAAGCCCUGCAUCCAUGGGUUUCUUGUUAUCCGAAAGACCCUCGAUGGAGUCUCAUAUGAACAAUCCUCCUGGUUUUCCUCCAUCGAUCAAGCUCUAUAAACAUGUCAUCCGCAGACUUGAGGUUUUUGACAGUGAAAAGGAAGUAGGCAGUGGGUUGACAAUAAAACAGCGGUUGAGGACCUCAAUUUGUGAGAGUGAUGCCAUUGGUUUCAAGACUUGUAGAGAAACUGAAGGGCCGUACAUUGAAUAUAUUGAAAAUAACUUCAAGAAGCCAGUCUUACUUGCGGGGCCAAUUGUUCCUAAAUCACCAUCGUCUUUUCUAGAGGAGAAGUGGGAAAGAUGGCUUGACAAAUUCAGACCCAAAAGCGUGAUUUACUGUGCAUUUGGGAGUGAAGCCAUACUUCAAAAGGAUCAAUUUCAAGAAUUGGUGUUGGGUUUGGAACGCUCAGGUCAUCCCUUUUUCGCCGCACUGAAACCACCUUUUGGGUCGGAUACAGUGGAAGAAGCCUUACCUGAGGGACUCAAAGAGAGAACUCAAGAAAAAGGGGUGGUGUAUGGAGGUUGGGUUCAACAGCAACUGAUCUUAAAACACCCUUCUGUGGGGUGUUUUGUUACGCAUGGUGGGUACGCGUCUCUAUGGGAGGGUCUGGUGAGCGCGUGUCAAUUGGUGGUACUGCCCCAUGUAGGCGAACAUUACAUUCAGGCCAAAGUUCUUAGUGCACAUCUAAAAGUUGGAGUCGAAGUCGAGAAAGGAGAUGAAGAUGGCUUGUUUACAAAGAAGGGCGUGAAUGAAGCCAUAAGAGCUGUGAUGGAAGUUGACAAUGAAAUUGGGAAGGAGGUGAAAAGAAACCAUGAUAAAUUGAGGGAUUUCUUGUUGAGCAAAGGACUCGGGGAUUCUUAUAUCCAUGGUUUUGUACAGAAAAUGAGAUCCCUGUUGGAAUAAAUUAAUAAGUCGAGCUUCCUUGAUCAAUAAAUUAUGGUCAUGAAAAUUAUGAAAUUGUUUGUUUUUAUUUAUUAUUUCACUACCUUCUUAAUCAUUUAUAUAACCUCAUAAAUAUAAUAUUUGACUAUUUC